AUGGGAAGUCUUGUACUUGUCCACAAAAUUAUGCUUUAUCUGCGGUUUGUUGCUUGGAUUUGCUUAGGUCUGUGCUCUGCUUACAACCAAAACAAUUGUACUUCAAAUGAAAUUGGGCUAGGAACAAGGUACAGCUGCAAGUCAACGCAGGAUUCAUGCGAAACAUUCGUGGUGUAUAGAGCUAACAAAAAUUUCAACACCAUUUCUAGUGUCUCAAAGCUCUUCAACAAGAGCUCUGAUGAGGUGCUUCUAAAGAACAACCUCGUAUCUUCCUCUUUGUCCCUUGUACUCAGACAAGGUAAGGAGGUGCUUAUUCCUGUUAAUUGUACCUGCUCUGGAACGUAUUAUCAAACCAGUUUAAGCUAUAGAGUCCUUGACAACACAACUUUUUCCGAGGUUGCUUGUGGUGUUUUUGAAGGGCUGCUAAGUCGUCUCACACUGGCUGAGGAAAACCUCUCACAAGGUAAUGAACCAGAAGCUGGUUCUGAGCUUCAUGUACCUCUCAUGUGUGUUUGUCCUGACAGUGAGAAUUCCACCUGGAGCAAGAAGGUGAAGUACCUUGUCACGUACCCUCUUAUAGCAGAAGAUGAUCCUGACAAAGUGAGUCAAAAAUUUCAAAUCUCACCAGGAGAGUUUUAUGCAGUCAAUAACUUGAAUUCCAUGUCAACUGUUUAUCCUAACACAGUUGUUCUAGUUCCAUUAGAGGAUGGUCCAAUCAGAAUACUUGAUCUUCCUGACUCUCCUUCUCCACCUCCAGGUUUUCUUCCUACAAAUCCAGUGAACAAGUCACAACAAUACAUAAAACCAUCCCAUUUGUACAUUGCAGGGUGUGUUAUCGGAUUUUUGCUGCUCAUAACAUUGCUUGCUAGUGGAUUUUACAUAAAGAGAUUGAGAAAAAUUGAAGUUGUUCAUUCCUUCAGUCCGACCAACUCCCUCACUUUGUGGUCGCCAACUAGAAGCUCUCAGAUAUCCACUCAAACGGGUAAAAGCAAUACAACUUGGUGCCUGUCCCCGGAUCUUCUUGUUGGAAUAAAGUACUACUUACUCAAUUACACCAUAGAGGAGCUCCAGAAGGGAACCAAGAAUUUCAGUCAAGAAAACAACAUCAGUAGCGAAGGUGACUUUGUAUAUAAGGGCAGAGUCAAUGAUGUUGAGGUGAUGGUGAAGAGGAUGAGGUUGGAAGAUACACGAAAGGUGAUUGAUUUACAUUCUAAGAUCAACCACAUUAAUAUUGUGAACUUGCUUGGUGUUUGUUAUGGUGAGAGCAAUGAUUCAUGGUCUUAUUUAGUGUUUGAGUUGCCUAAGAAUGGAUGCUUGAGGGACUGCUUAUCUGAUCGAUGCAAUCCUCUAAACUGGUACAAAAGGACACAAAUUGCCUUUGAUAUUGCGACAUGUCUCUACUAUUUACAUUGCUGUUCUUUUCCUUCCUAUGCUCACAUGAAUGUCAGUAGCAGAAACAUAUUCAUAACAGCUGACUGUAGGGGUAAACUGGCAGAUGUUGGAAGGGCAUUGGCUGCCAGUGCCACACUCAGCAAAAGCAAUAAUGGUGUCGAGAUUCCCAAAGGAUUGGUGGCACCAGAGUUCCUCUCGCAUGGGUCAGUUUCUGAAAAAGUUGACAUUUUUGCAUUUGGGGUUGUAUUGCUUGAGCUGAUCUCAGGAAGGGAGAAUUUUGAUGGAAAAGCAAUGAAAGAUUCCCUGGGAUUCUUGUUGGGGGAGGCCAGUGAAGGUGGUUGUUUUGAAGGGUUAUGGAGUUUCAUGGAUCCUAAUCUGAAGGAUUACUCUCUUCCAGAGGCUUUAUGUUUAUCUUUUCUGGCAAAGGAUUGUGUGGCAGAUGAUCCUCUGCAUAGGCCAAGUAUGGAUGAUAUCAUGAAAGUCCUUGCAAAAAUGGUUUAGCCAAAAUAUGUGCUAAGCUGCUAAUUGUGAAAUGUGAGAAAAGUCAUAUCUGUUAUAUUACCUCAUGAGUUCUGCUACUUGCCUCUCUUGUUUGUACUUAUUAAAUAGUAAUAGACAUUGAAACAGCUACAUAUGCAAGGAAUUGCUUUGGUUUGUAAAGUAAAUAAUGAAAAGAUUUUGCUGUCA